ACGAGCCACAGCGACAGUGUGAAUUUACUCACGACACCACCUCUGGAAGGUUUGGAGCCUUUGGGGAGAUUCUGACGGAACUUUGUCUGCUGUUACGUUUUGCUUUCACUGUUCCACAGGCAUCGCCAAGCGGCAGUAGUAUCCCUGCAGGACGAACAGGGGAAUUCUUCACCAUCAACAAUGGCCACCCUCAGUAUCUCAAAUACUACUUUUGCUCUGGAGUUGCUCCGAACUCUGAGUCAAACAAACCCCACUGGGAACAUCUUUGUCUCGCCGUUGAGCAUCAGUUCAGCCCUAGCAAUGGUCUACCUGGGAGCUAAAGGAGACACGGCGGCUCAGAUGGCACAGGCCCUGUCAUUCAAAUCCGGCGAAGACAUCCAUGCAGACUUCCACUCUCUUAAUGGGGACAUCAAUUCACCAUCUGUGUCAUACAUCCUGAAACUGGCCAACCGUCUUUAUGGAGAAAAUACAUCUCGUUUCCUCUCACAAUUCCUUGAUGCCACGCACAAGUACUAUAAGGCAGAUCUGAAGACUGUGGAUUUCAUUGGGGCUCCUGAGGCUUGUAGAGCCGAGAUUAACAGCUGGGUGGAGCAGCAGACACAGAAUAAGAUUAAAGAUCUUCUGAAGCCAGGAACACUUAGCUCAAUGACGAGAUUAGCUUUGGUCAAUGCCAUCUACUUCAAAGGCAACUGGAUGUACAGAUUCAGCCCAACAAACACUUUGGAAAUGCCGUUUAAAGUCAAUCAGAAUGUGACCACAAAGGUGCAUAUGAUGUAUCUCAGGGAGAAACUGCCCUACAACUACAUCCCUGAGCUAGGUCUGCAGAUCCUAGAGAUGCCAUACACAGAUGAUGAGCUGAGCAUGGUCGUCCUGCUUCCAGAGGAGUCCACUGAUGGCUCAGACCCGCUGCUGAAGCUGGAAAAGGAGCUGACACACACAAAGCUGAACGAGUGGACCAGCAGGAACAACAUGGACGUCCACUCCGAAGUUGUUGUUCACCUGCCCAAAUUCAAACUGGAGGAGGAGUACCUGCUUAACGAACCUUUGGCUAAACUGGGCAUGACUAAUGUGUUUUGUGCUGCAAAGGCCGACCUUUCUGGAAUGAACGGCGAGGGAAAACUUUUCCUGUCCACAGUGGCCCACAAGGCCUUUGUAGAGGUCAACGAGGAGGGCACUGAGGCUGCUGCGGCCACUGCUUGCAUUGCAUCUUUCUGUAUGCUGAGGGAGGAACACUUUAAGGCAGACCAUCCCUUCCUCUUCUUCAUCAGGCACAAUAAGUCCAAGUCUAUCCUUUUCCUCGGCAGGUUCUCCUCUCCCCAGUAAAGAGAACUUGAAUACAACAUUUUAAAAAAAGAAAGCAAAAUUCUUGCAGGAAAGGCUUUAUAUGUUUGACUGUGCAUUUCUAAAAUUACAUUUCUCAAUCCAUGCACUGAAUCACAUAUAAUAAAGCGUUCACAAGUGUAUUUUUUUAAUGGGAGUUACAUUUUAUAAACUCACCAGACACUAUUGGGUACACUUACAUAGUCUAAUGAUGCAAAUAGCUGUAGCAAAAGUUGCUUGAAUUGACAAUAAGAGAGAAAUUAAAAAUAA